AUGGUCGCCAUCGCCCUCGCUGGCUCCUCGCCCAAGGGCAAGGGAGUCACAAUGAGCAUUCUCCUGCUCGUCACCACCUUCCUCGUUGGUCUUGCCGCUGGCUUUGAGAUCAGUGGCUUCGACCGCAACUGGACGAUGGACAUUGACCCCUCCAACCCCAUCACCCGCCCCGAGUUUGCUGGCAUCAACCUCAACCUCACCAACCACACCGAGUCCGCCUUCAAGCUCCCGAAGGAGAGUGAGAUCAACUGGAAGAGUCCUCCUCUCUGGGCCAUCCGUCCCGAGCAGCGCCCUGCCUUCCUCGCUGGUGGUGCUUCUGCCCUCGACGCUUUCAAGAAUGGCGAUGACAUCAACCCCUGUGAGGAGCGCCGCUGGGGUGCCACUCUCUACGAGACUUACUACGAGGAUCGUUGCCCUGCCAAGUUCCACACUGACGGCAUUCGCUCUGCUGCAAGCGCCUUCGGCACCUGCGAGAAGUGGAACUCUGUCGAUGGUGGCCUCGAGUGCGCCUCUUUCUGCCAGAUGCAGACUCACUUCGAGUGGGCUCAGGAAGCGCCUUUCCCCAACUCUGACUGCCACUACCCCGUCAAGUGCAAGCUUGCUGUCAGCGACAAGACCUCCGUCGGCUGGUCUAUCAACCUCAGCCCCAAGGUUGGCAAGGCUCUCAAGCUCGGCAUCUCUGGUAACUACCACAAUAACCACGACUUGGCCACCAAUCAUGCCUACGAUAUCGACAUGACUGAAGAGCUUCCCUGCGGCUACUUCACCUUCGUUCCCGUCAAGAAGGUUGUCUGCGGUGUCAUGUCUGAGUCUCGCCCCGGCUUGACCCAUUGGGUUGGAGACGAUGGCGUCCUCGGAACUGGAUGCUCCACCUGGGGAGGCCCCAACGGCAACGUCACCAACGGUGAUCACCGCGCUUGGAACAAUGGCUCCUACUGCGCAUCCGACCUCUGGAAGAUCACCGACCGUGACGACCCCAACAGGCAGGUUCCCGACGGUGUUGUCUUUCUCGUCUACACGGACUGCAAGACCCGCGCUCCCCUCGACAUGGAGUACCAGGAUCCCAUCUACAAGCUUCCCGGCGUCGCCCUCGACCACACCACCGUUCGCGCUCUCCACGACUCCUGGAUCACCAACUUCUGCUGGUUCGGAGACUUUGACACGACCGACGGCUACAAGAAGCUCUUCAUGAUCGGCUCCGGCUUCGAGGACAACCGGAUUGGAGAUCACGACGGUACUGGCCUCAUCAAGUCGAUCCGGGAGUGCGCGGGAGGCGACCUCCAGAACGUCACUUGGCGGUGGUUCAACCCCAACGAGACCGACACCAACCCGAAGAUGCAGGGCGCCUUCUGGCAGCUCGAGGCCAUGUAUCCAGUCGACAAGAAUGGCGGCUGCGUCGGCAACGUCAUCAUGGACGCUGGUGGCAAGCAGAUGGACCGGUGCCAGGAUGGCAGUUAG